AUGAGGCAUGUGGAUUCUGCAACAGCUAAUAUCGAUACAAAGUAUCCGCUGAGCCGUGUUGGCCGUGCCGUGGUAGCCGUUUUCACAGCCAACAAAGUUCCAACUGAGACUGAGGACUUAGAGACGGCUGAGGCUUGGCCUCGCAUAUGUGUUGUUGCCGUUGACGAAAAGAGAUUUGGUGGUUUUAUCAAUGACACUUUUAAAAAUACCAUUGUGACUGUACUAGAUUGUAUUGAGGAAGAUGCCAUGGAGUACAGCGUCAAUGUUCCAGACGACUUCAGCCAUACCCACUCUUUCUAUGCAAGCACAAGCAGCAACGAUACACACACCGAGAUACUGGAUCUCCUAGCAAACGUCAAUAACGGCAGGGACGAUACUCAUCACGAAGAGAGAGCUACAUAUGGCAUCAAAUGCAGUGCAGGCGAACUCGCCUAUCGGAACUCAUGUCUUAAUCUGAAAGAGUACAUGCCCACGAGUCGAUCCUACAUUGGUAUGAGGAAUAGAGCAGUUUACUCAUACGGUAACUGCCAUCCGAGGGUUGGCCCGAGGGGAUCUGAUAUCAAUUACUGGACAGCUCACUCAGUUGCUAAGCUCAUCGAAGGACACUGCACACGAUCAUGCUGCGACAAUCAACUCAAAACAUCAGGAUAUUCGCCGAAAAAUAGCAGUCAUCGCAAGAUUUGUCUUAGUCGGAAAUCAUGA